AUGGACCCGCUGCCCCGCGACCUACCUUUUCGAAUAAUUUCUAAAACGAUAGGUAGAGGUGCCUACGCAUCAAUCAAGAAAGCCAUUCCUCCAGCCGACCCUACUCCGGUAUUCGCAGUCAAAUUCAUACAUAAAGCUUAUGCUGUCAAACAUGGCCGAAUCUCCUCAAAGCAAAUUGCCAUGGAGGUGUCGUUACAUUCCCAUAUUGGACGGCAUCCGAAUAUUAUAGAGUGGUUUGCGACAGGUGAAGAUGCUGUAUGGAAAUGGAUAGCCAUGGAAUAUGCGGAAGGAGGGGACUUAUUCGACAAAAUCGAAGCGGAUGUCGGAGUCAAAGAAGACAUUGCACAUUUUUAUUUCACACAGUUGGUUAGUGGAGUAAGCUAUAUGCAUGCGAAGGGUGUUGGGCAUCGAGAUAUUAAGCCCGAGAAUAUACUAUUGUCGAGCAGUGGUGAUUUAAAGAUUGCGGAUUUUGGGCUGGCGACGCUAUUCGAAUAUAAUGGUGCGAGAAAGCUUAGUACGACUAUGUGUGGUAGCCCUCCAUAUAUAGCCCCAGAAGUAAUAUCUUGUUCUAAGAGUACUCAAACGAAGGUGAAAGGAGCAGGAUAUGCUGCAAACAUGGUGGAUAUCUGGUCAUGCGGGGUCGUAUUAUUUGUGCUCUUGGUGGGGAAUACACCUUGGGAUCAACCUACGGCCGAAAGUUGGGAAUUUGAUGAAUACAUUAAAUCAAAUGGACGAAGUUCAGAUGAAUUAUGGCGAAGAUUGCCCGCUUCAGUUCUAUCAUUGCUACGAGGAAUGAUGAAUGUGGAUGCAUCCAAACGCUUCAAUUUUGAACACAUCAAACGACAUCCGUGGUAUACACGGAAGAAUCCACUUCUCACAAAAGACGGCAAAAUGAGCGAUCCAUUGGGUCUUGCCACUCAGAUGUUGGCAAAUCUUCGUAUCGACUUUGAGCAAAAGCCUAGCGCGUCACAGCUCAGUCAAGAUGCAAUGCAAAUUGACAGUCAUAAAUUUUCAUUCACUCAACCGGAGACACAGGUGAUGGAUAUGCAAUUUGAUUGGGAACGACCACCACGUGUAUUACCUACAUCUCAACCUACCGAGGCCAUCACUUGCAAGUUCCAACUUCCAUCGCCAGCUAUAUCUAAUUUUGGAGAUGCUACACUAGCUGAUGAACCUUCCAUGUCUCAAUUCUCCUCCAAUCCUGCAGUAUCCCUCCGUCUUACGCAACAUGCUCGCCAAUUUCAAGAUAUUCUCCCUAAUUACUCGCUUACGCGAUUCUUUUCACAUCUCCCCGUUCCUCAGCUGUUAACUCUUUUAUCCGAUUCUUUACAUGCGAUGAACAUACCCAUACCACCCUUAUCCCAACUGCAAAGCAGUCAACUGCACGCGGCGUGGGUCAAGGUACGGGCGGUGGAUAGUAGAAGAUGUGGCAUGAAUGGAGAAAUUGUUUUGGAUACUUAUGAAACAGAGGACACAGAGUUAGUAGAAGUGCGGUUUGUGAAGGUUAAAGGGGAUCCGUUGGAGUGGAGACGAUUUUUCAAAAGGGUAGUGGUGGCGUGUAAGGAUGGAAUCUAUAUACCUUCUGUCGAGGAUGCGUGA